CACUCGUAUCUUUGGAUAUUGAUGUAGCCAAAAAGGUUUCUUCUCGUAUAAACGGAGGUCAACUGCCAACAGAUCGUCCUAACUCCACAGUUCACACUAACACUGUAAUAGCCGUGGACACUACGGACGGUACGGAGAUGGAGGAGGCUCUGAAGCUGCCUAUUAUAGACUUGUCUUCACCGGACCGCUCCUCCACCGCCAGUACACUUCGUCAGGCAUGUAUAGAGUACGGAUUCUUCUAUGUUGUGAAUCAUGGUGUGGAAGAGGAGCUAACUGGGAGAUUGUUUGAGGAAAGCAAGAAGUUUUUCUCGCUUCCUUUAGAGGAGAAGAUGAAAUUGUUUCGCAAGGAGCAUAGAGGCUAUACUGCUCUCUUUGGCGAGAAACUUGACCCCUACUCUGCUUCCAAAGGUGACUGUAAAGAGAGCUAUUAUAUUGGUCCUUUGGAAGACAUUUACAGUCCUACAAAAUUGAAUCAAUGGCCGUCUCAAGUACAGAAAGUCUACCCAGCUGGAGAGCUACAAUGGAAUCCUUUUAUAGCAAAGUUUUCUGGAAAAAGAUUGCUUUCUCUGAUUGCCCUGGCUUUGGACCUGAAUGAAGACUUUUUCGAGAAAGUUGGAAACUUGGAUCGAUCAGCAGCGUUUCUUCGCCUAUUGCACUAUCCAGGUGGAUCUGUAGAUUCUGGGGAAGAAAUAUACGGCGCCUCUGCUCACUCAGAUUAUGGAAUGGUCACUCUCCUUGUAUCUGAUGGUGUUCGAGGACUUCAGGUUUGUAGGGAAAAAUCUAAACAACCUUGGGUCUGGGAAGAUGUUCCCCAUAUAAAUGGGGCAUUCAUUGUUAACAUUGGGGACAUGAUGGAGAGGUGGACCAACUGUUUAUUCAGGUCCACACUACAUAGAGUGAUGCCAUUUGGAAAAGAACGCUACUCUGUGGCUUUCUUCUUAGAUCCCAAUGAAGAUUGUGUGGUGGAAUGCAUAGAGAGUUGUUGUAACGAGUCAUCUCCCCCAAGAUUUCCCCCUAUUCGGAGUGGUGACUACAUGAAAGAGCGCUUCAGGCUUACAUAUGGCUCCUAGCGUUAAAUUUAGAGUCAUGGAGCUUUCAGUCCAAGCAAAUGAGACCAUAUGCUAAUGGUAAAUGAAUUUUUAAGUUACCAUAAAAAUUGACUAAAAUUUCUUCAUUUUCCAUUGAACAAGAAAAUAAUAUGUUAGUUUAUCUUGGAACGGAUGGGACUGUUUGUUAUAUAUAAAUUUGCUAUGUUGUGAUUCUGUGGAUUGUAAUGUGUGCUGACUAAUAAGUACUAUAUUUGUGUUAUUUUUAGUAGAGCUUUUGUUUA